AUGAAGUCUUUCAGCAUUCACCACUGUGUCCUGCUGUUACUCACCCUCAUCUUCACCACUAGUAAGUCUGAGUCUUCACUCUCACUGUACACUCACUUUAUUGUACACUCCUAUCAUACACUGUACACUGUCUCACUGCACACUCUAUUUUCUCACUGUACACUUUCACUUUAUUGUACACUCCUAUCGUACACUGUCUCACUUCACUCUCACUGUUCUCUGUACUCUCUCACUGUACACAUGAAUUCACCAUGCUGCUGUAAUACAGAUGUUUUACCUGCAGAUGCACUGGAUUUGACUUCAGUAACAGUGAAGCUGAAUGAAUCAGCUGUUCUCCCCUGUAAAUGGAAUUGCUCUGGUUUGAGCAAAUGGACGAUGAUCGACACACAAGGAAUUGUGGCUUGGUGUAAUGAGACAUGCUGGUCAGACGCAGGUUUUCUCAUCUCUCAUGACCAGUACCUGAAAGGAGAUCUCUCUCUCACCGUCACUGCAGCUAAUUACAUUAAGCGAGGCUGGUACAACUGUCAGUGUAAUGAAACAGAAAUCUGUUCUGUGCGUCUCAGCAUUGACACCUUGGUGUCAUCACUUCUGCUAAAAACUCAUGCCCUUCUGGUGCUGGAUUUGUCUAUACUAGAUUCAGUGGAUGUGAUUUACAGAAGUCAUAAUUCUAAAGAUCUCUAUGGUGAAAAUAUCUGCAACGUGACUAAGAGCUUACUACAGUGUAAAGCUGAAUACACCCACAGAGUCUUACAGCGGGGCAUAUUUCUAAUCCUGAAUAACAUAACGGUGUCCGAUAGUGGAUUUUAUCUCAUCAAAGACAGGAGAUAUAAUGAAAUCAUCCACAUUUACACUUUACAAGUAGAAGAAAUUCCAGAGGUUGUGAACGUAUCGGUGAACUUUGACGAUUCAGUUACGUUCUCCUGCAAAUACAAAUGUUCACUUACAGCCGAAUGGAUCUAUAAAAAUGACAUUACUGUGGCUCAGUGCAAUCAGACUUCGUGCUGGUCCAAGAAUACGUACGUGAUGCCUCAUGAUGAGUAUCUGAAGGGGAAUCUGUCCCUCAUGAUCACUGCAGCAGACUACAGUAAGCGUGGCUUGUACAGGUGUCACUGUGGAAACACAAUCUUGUGUCCAAGGCAUCUCACGAUCAGGCCCAUUAGGACGGCAGUGCAGCUACGGUUUGGUGAAUACCUGCUCAUGAAUCUGUCCAUACCAGAGAACGUAGAGGUGAUGUAUAACCAGAGUGUGAUCUAUGACACAACCAGUAAACAGAUCUGUACGCUGAAAAAAGGAUCACUGGAGUGUGAUGAUAAGUACACACAGAGGAUAGAGCGUGUGCUGAGAUUACAAGUCAACUCGAAUGAUAGUGGACUUUACACCAUCAGGGACAUGGAGAAUAAUGAAGUCAUUCAUGUAUACAAUGUGUCUGUGGCAGAAGUUCAUCCACAUCCAUGCAAUAAAUACGGGCUCUGUUUCUCACCUGGUCACGUGAUCACCACAUGCGUGGGACUGCUGCUGAGCUUUAGUUUAUUACUUUAACAAUGAUUUCUCUCUUUAACAAUGAUUUCUCUCUUUAACUAUGAUUUAUUGGUGAUAAAAUGGAGUUAAAGCAGUGUAUCAGAGAAUCAGAUAUUCAUCUUCAACACUUAUUCAUCAAUGUCUGUAUGAACAGUCCAAAGGAACAAUAAAGAAAUAUAAUUAUAA